AAGGUUGUAAGAUAUGAUCAGAUAUUAAAUAAAUGUUUACGGAAUAUAAUAUUUUGUUCAUUUAUGGUACGAGACUUUGAUGAAAGUCUAAUUGGUUAAUUCAGACAAAGAAUCUUCUCAUUUUAUAAAAAAGAUUCAACCACUUCUGUUUGCUAAAAUGGCGCUCAUCUGAAAGAAGAUUGUUUUGUAUAUGAUGUACUUGAUAGUUUGAUUUUCUUUGUGUUUAAUUCACAAGUUUUCAGUGUUUCUCAUCGGAAAUGGGCUUCUUAUUUUCGAAAUUAUUUAGCUUAUUAUUUUCCUCUGAAGAGCACAAAGUUAUUAUAGUGGGACUGGAUAAUGCUGGCAAGACCACAAUAUUGUACCAGUUUUUAAUGAAUGAAGUGGUUCACACAUCACCAACAAUUGGAAGCAAUGUAGAAGAGAUAGUUUGGAAAAAUAUGCAUUUUUUAAUGUGGGAUAUUGGAGGACAGGAAGCAUUAAGGUCUUCUUGGGAUACUUACUAUGCUAACACUGAAUUUGUAAUCAUAGUAAUUGACAGUACGGACAGGGAAAGAUUAGCUGUUAUUAAAGAGGAAAUUUAUGGAAUGUUAGCAAAUGAACAAUUGAAAAACGCCAGUGUGUUAUUGUUUGCGAAUAAACAAGAUCUAAAGGGAUCCAUGAACUCGGCUGAAAUCUCACAGCAGUUGAAUCUAACUGCGAUUAAAGACCAUGGUUGGCAUAUACAGGCAUGCUGUGCGUUAACUGGAGAAGGUUUGUAUUCCGGUCUGGAGUGGAUAGUAAACCACAGGAAAAGAUAGACAAAAUGUUACCUGACACUAUAACAUAGUCAAAUGAUGCCAUUUUGUACUAAAGACAUUUUGUAUUCAGACUAAAGCCAGGAUUACUAAUAUGUGUGAUGCUGCUGGGGGAAUAUACGUAAUCUAUACCUGUUCUUUAUGAAGAAGAGACCUCUAGAAAUGUACUGAUCUCGUAUUUUCAAUGCUAAAAAAGCAUUGUGUUUAAACCAACGACGAUUACAAAAAUUGAAUUUAUAUUGCUUGUCGAA